ACAGUAGAGCAGAUAUUAGACAGACAGGUAAUUUGAAGUGGGUAUUUCUGUUAUCUGUCCAUUUAGCUCUGGGGAUAUGGAACAAUAUCCAGCGCAGACACCGAGGAGUUUUUUGAAUCGUUUCUUCGUCGAUCCCUUCCGGCGCGAUAGAGCCGUUUCGGAGGCGGGCAGUGGUUUCGGUGACAAUCCUGGGUACGACAUGGGUUGGCCAUCCGCAGCAGGAAGCUCAGUCAACGCUUUCCCACCCUGUACUAGGCCCUCAGGCCCACGGACACGGAUUGUGGGGUUACCUCUGCUGGACGUUAUGAACAGCUUAUGGGAGGGGCAGGCUCGAUCGGCGUUAUCUACAGUGGAUGUGAAGGAGACCGCGAAGACCUACGUGUUCCAAGCUGACGCCCCCGGGUUUGAGCAGGAAGACCUAAAGGUGCAGGUGGACGAUGUUGGCCCUGGCAAUGAUCACUUUCUGGUCAUUAGUGGGACGAAGCAGAUGCAGUCGAUCGCAGAAGAGGAUGGCUUGCCCGCGUCGUCGAGAUCGAUCGGCGGCACGUUCAUCCGGCGGUUUCGAUUGCCCAGCGAUGCGGAUCCGGACGCAAUUACAGCGCACUGUGAAAACGGGGAUUUGACAGUGGUGGUCCCGAAACACGGAGUCAUUCCAGACCCGAGGUUCUCUCUCGAAAACGCGCGGCCAUUGCGAGUCGAGGAGAUCGAGUCGGAGGAGGACGAAGAGCUUGAGAGGCAGGAACACAGCGGAGAUGGAGAGGGAGCGGAGUUCGCCGCCGACAACAUGGAUAGUCGGGAGGAGCUUAAUGCGGCACUGGCUGCUCCGACUGCAGCAGCUGCGCUUGUUUCCUCUUCUUCCGCAGGGAAUGGGUCCGCAGCCGCUGUGGCCGCUCCUAGUCCAAGUAUCGAGUACAACAACCCGCUGCAAGACAGCUACACAGGGCGAGAAUUGAACCCAGAUGUGGCAGAGGUGACGAGUUCGAGGACGGCAGGAACACCUGUACAGGCCGGCGCCGCUAUAACGCCGGCGCCGGAAGGGUCGGUGGCGGUACUGGCCCAGCCGGAGACGCCGCCUCCGCGAAUCGUUGAAGUACUCUCCGCCCCACCUCCUGCAGAUGUUCGGGACGUGGAAGUGGUGGGCGACGAAUCCGAUGUCGAUUUCUCCUUCUCAGAACCGAAGGCGCAUCAUCACAGAUCGAGGUGGAGGAGGCUGCUUCGCAAACUGUCGGCUUCUAGACGUUGGACGAGCUCUGAAAGACAAAGCAAGCGAUUUUAGAGUGCCGUCCUCUCUCUCUCUCUCUCUCUCUCUCUCUCUCUCUCUCUCUCUCUUUCUCUGUCUCUCUCUCUCUCUUUCUCUGUCUCUCUCUCUCUCUGUGCCUUCUGUCUUGUGUUUGUGCUCGGUUUUCUCACCCUCGGGCGCGUCAUUUGCCUUGUGUCUUUUUUUUAUGUCAACCGUUUUGUCCGGAUUUGAUUUCCUGUGUGGGUUCGUUCGCUUCUGUUGCGAC